AUGGCAAUGUUACUUGAUGAUGAUUUGAUUGUGACUUUAGUGCUUCAGCUGAAUUUUCCCGGCGGGCACGGCAAGGUUUCGGUUAGACAUCACAGGUCUUUGCCAAAUAAGCAGACAACAUUUUUAAUCCUAUUAAGUGUUGUGGUAAACCAACUUGACGCUUCGCUGGUCUCUCCCGAAACUGAAGCCAAGAGUUAUCUAGCGAGUUUCGGUUACCUACAUCCGAAAUAUAAGAACUCCACUAAUUCGUUCAUUUCAGGGGACACUUUCCGGAAAUCCGUCAGGGAUUUCCAAUCCUUUGCCGGCUUGGAUGUAACAGGUAUUUUGGACGAGGAAACAUUGACAUGGAUGAGGAAGCCGCGUUGCGGUCUUCCGGAUCGGAUCAUACCGGAUGAUUCUUCCACUCGGCGGAAGCGCAACUUAAAUAUUAAAGGAGGAAACCGCUGGACUAAAAAUGAAUUAACUUACGGUAUUCGCAGAUACACCCCGGAUCUUGAAAAAUCUGUCGUAGAUCGAGAAAUCGCCAAAGCAUUUCGUCUAUGGGAAGAAGUAACGCCAUUGAGCUUCACUUUUCUUGAGAGGGGAUCCGUUGACAUCGAAAUCAGUUUUGAGAAGGACGCUCAUUCAGACAGUAUAAAAGACAAAAAGUUUGAUGGCCCGGGCGGUAUUUUGGCUCACGCUUUCUUUCCCGAAUCGGGUGACACGCACUUCGAUGAAGCCGAAACAUGGACCAUCAGCAAUAACGGUGCCAAUCUGUUCCAGGUGGCUACUCACGAAUUUGGUCACGCCCUUGGACUGGAGCAUUCUGAAUCCAAAACGGCUGUGAUGUAUUCAUUAUACGAUUACCAUCCUGAUUUCAAAUUAGAAUCCGACGACAUCAACAGAAUACAGGAACUCUAUGGCGCGAAAAUCAACGAUCAGUGGCUAAAAGAAAAAUUCAAAGGAAUUGCAUCUGCCAUAGGGAAAUUGGAAAAUGAAUUGAAAGUAACGAAAAUGGAAUUGGUUGAAGUGAAGGUUACCGUCGAAAAGUUGAAAAAAACAUCAAAUAACGCAAUGACGGGAAACAUAAAGAACAACGACGGUAAAAUGCCAACCUCCUGCGAAGACUUGGAAUCGAUGGGUCAGAAAAUUAACGGAAUAUUUUUAGUGAAUAAUGGAACUAUUCCAAAUCCCACAAUAGAUGCCGUCUUUUGCAACUUCAAUCCGAAUUCCCAAAAAUGGAUCGGUCACGUCGACGUCAAAUCAGCACCCGUCUAUUUCCACGUGCAAAGGAACGCUUCGUUUAACGCAUUAAAAGAUGCGAUUCCUUUCGAUUUCGCUCGAGUCAACAUUGGAAAUGCCAUAGAUUUGUCAACGGGAAUAUUCACGGCACCGAAAUCUGGCACUUAUUUCUUCACUUUCACGGGAGUGGCCGGUUUCCCCGAGACCAAAUAUCCAGAAAAGAUGCAGUUAGAGAUAGGACUUAAUUCAAGUGGCAAUCAUGUCGGAAGUGCCCUAGCGGAAGAGUCCAACACCGUCGACAAACAAAAGUGUCCGCUGAGUCUCCAAUCGACGCUCAAUUUAGAUACGGGUGCCAGCAUUUGGUUGCAAAUUGAUUCCAAGUCAACAUCGGAGGUGUUUCUGCAUGACGACACAGCUCAUUUUACCGGAUGGAUGUUAGAAGAGAAAAUUUUUGAGUCAUGAAUUUUUUCGUACCCUCUUGGCUGAACAAUAUUUGUGAUGCAGUAAAUAUUUUAUUAAUCCUUUCCCAAUGAACUUGUUUGUAACGAAAGAUAACUGCGUGUCAAUGUAAUAGUUUUUGGUCCACUUUAAAAUGUUGUGUGUGUUUGAUGAUUUAGACAUACUUGCUCGGGCAAAAAUACGUGUGCGAAUCCAAGGGGAUUUGUGUUUAUUUUUUCAAAUGUUACGCAUUAUGGGCGAAUUGCAGUAAUUGAUUGUCACCGUAAUGCUAGUAAAAUCGAACUCAUUGACAUAGUAAUGCGUGUAGGCUCCCGUCAGCCUUUGCGUGUAUAGUAUACGAAUCCAACUGUG